AUGCCAAAAGUCAAGAGAUUGGGCUCAAACGGAGCCAAAGACACCACUGUAUUAAGGUCGAAGAAGGGUGUCGCUUAUCGAGCAAAGCUGCUCUAACCUUUCACCAGAGGGGCUAAAUACAUGUUUUAAUCGGGGCUCAGCCGGUUUUAAGUCCUUGUAAAGUACCUGCAUGCAAACCUAUGCAGCCGAGUGCCAACACAGUAAGUCAUGUUGGAAUGGAUGUUGGUUAAGCGACACAUGAUAUAAAGUGCUUAUCCAGAACCUGACAAUGUCAAGUGUCACAACAUUCAAGCAACAUAUUAAAAAAUGGGAGUCCUUCUGAUAUCGCUGCUGGUGGUCCUAUCUCUCUCGAUAUGGUAUCUAUCUGCACUUCCACGCAAUUAUCUUGAUGCGAAGAAGUCUGGACUGCCUAUCAGAUUCGGUGUAUGGGGUUCAGCAAAUCCCUUAUGGCUUAUAAUCUCUUCAAUUGUUCCUUAUUCUACCCUCGAAAAGUUUUUACCCCCUUUUAUAUUCGAUCGAGUUAAGAUCACUAUUCCAGCGUGGGAGCACUAUUGCAAGUAUUUUGUCCAUGAAAAAUGGGGAACUUCAUUCAUUCUUGUUUCGCCUGGGAAGAACACGAUCUUUGUCGGAGACCCUGAAGUAGCUGAGCAGGUUUUAACAAGGCGGAAAGAUUUUGCGAAAAAUGAAAUUGCUCUUCGUGGGUGCCUCUUCCGAUAUUUCUCGUACAGAUACAUGAGCUGACUUGGGUGCAGGGGUAAUGGAUGUUUUUGGGCCAAAUAUCAGUGCUAGCGAUAAAGAAGAUUGGCAACGACAUCGAAGAAUUGUAGCGCCUGCGCUGAAUGAGCGAAUUAUGAAAGAAGUUUGGAAUGAAACUUUAACACAGACUCAAGAUAUGAUUUCUGCAUUAUCAAAGCCAUCUAUGAGUAACGAAUCAAGCUCGAAGAAUGUCACAUUUGAAGGCUUAAGGACCAUCACUAUUAAUGUCAUUGGAUUCGUUUGCUUCGGUACUCAUCGAUCAUGGGGAGAAGCUGUGAGUGCGAAAAUACCCGCAGAAGGGUUUCAAACCACAUUUAUGUCCUCUGUUUUGACUAUAGUCGACAAUCUAUUCGCUACCGUCUUCAUACCUACAAAGUACCUUACUUUAUCGUUCAUGCCAAAUAAUAUCCAGAAGAUCGGUAUUGCGAAAAGAGAAUUUCCGCUUCAUCUAAAUCGAAGUAUAGCCGAAGAAAGGCGUUCACCGAGUUCUCGCAAUUCUCUCCUAACUUCUUUGGUGAAGAUUGCCGAUCAGGAUUCAAAGCCGUUACUCUCAAAGACCUCGACAUACUUGAGUGAGCAAGAUAUAACCGGGAAUUUGUUCGCUAUGUCGAUUGGAGGUGAGUGCCUUUACUCCUUGCUCUUUUACAGAUAUAUUGUUUGAAUAAGAUCCACGGUAUUCUAUAUCUCUUACGAUCUGGUUCUAAUUUACUACCAGGUUUUGACACAACUGCAAAUACGCUUUCAUACUCUAUUAUGUGCUUAGCACUUCAUCCAAAAUGGCAAGAUUGGAUUGUAGCCGAGAUCGACAAAGUCCAAGAAUUGUACCCGGACUCUGAUUAUUCAACCACUUUUCCUCUUCUUACACGGUCUCUAGCCAUAAUGGUAUGUAUCAACCCCUUCAUGUUUAUUAUCACUCUUCCAGCCCAAACACUCUCGAUAUCAAAAAUUGACUCCUGGAAUCAUAAAAUAGUACGAAACUCUCCGUCUCUACACACUCGUCCCCACCAUAGCCCGCAAAACAUCUCAACCCCAAACUAUCAAAAACAUCAACUUCGCCCCUGAAACAGAAGUCCACCUAAACACCGCGGUAAUCCACACCUUACCCUCAAUAUGGGGAGCAGAUUCUCUCGACUUCCGACCCUCACGCUGGCUCGACUCAUCUCCAUCUUCAGAAAACGGAAAAGAAAAAGAAACAUUUCGUGAGCCUCUCAAAGGCACAUUCCUAGCUUGGUCUCACGGGCCGCGCUACUGUCCCGGGAUGAAAAUGUCACAGGUAGAAUUUGUGGGUGUGCUGUAUGAGAUUUUUCGGAAGUGGAAAGUGGAAAUUGUGAGAUGGGAUGGGGAAACGGUAGAGGAUGCGAGGAGGAGGUUGAUGGAGAUUUUGGAGGAUAGUUCGCCGAAAUUGACCUUGCAGGUUAAUAGGCCGCAGGAUGUGGUUUUUAGAUAUGUGGCAAGGACGUAGGGAUGAUGUGAGAUGAACAGCUUUUUCUUUAAAUAUACAUAUGUUUAUUCCGCAUAGAGUCUGGAUUUCGAUAAAGAAAGAUAAAUAAUUUGCGGGAAUAUUGCUUUAACUCUGUAUCUCUGGUACAGCG